AUGGAAAGCGAGUCUUUAAAAUCGGACGUAGUAAAUACAGUGAAUUCAGAAGUGCAGCCUAUUAAUAUUGAAAAAGACCCGAAACCUGUGACCACUGACUCAAGCUUGACUCAAGUGCCUAUAGUAUCUAAUGUUCAUGUGCUUGCUGAAACGCCCGUUGCGAUUGACACGGCGGGUGCUUUAAAAGAAGUUCCAAAAACAUCACCUAAAAAGCCCAAAAAAAGAAAACCCAAAGCAGCUCGCGAUACAACUGCACCCCGUCAACCUCUCACAGGUUAUGUAAGAUUUUUAAAUGAGAGAAGAGAUCAAUUGCGAGCACAACAGCCAGAUUUGGGUUUUGCAGAAUUGACCAGACAGUUAGCUAGCGAGUGGAGUAGACUUCCAGCUGAAGAAAAACAACAAUACUUAGAUGCUGCAGAUCAGGAUAAAGAAAGAUAUGUUAAAGAAUGUGCGGAAUACAAAAGAACAAAUGCUUAUAAAGAGUUCACAAAACAACAAUCUGAUCUGCAAGAUGGUAGCUUAUCAAAGAAGUUACGGCAGGUUCCUCAAGUAGACGCUUCAGUUUCUGGGGGUACCCAACCAGGAGAAAGUACAAUGUAUAGUGCUUCUACAACAAACAUGUCUUCACGUCAGACUACCCCACCAAGACCAAGACCAUGUAUUAAUCCUACAUCUGGUGAAAUGGAAAUACCAAUCUUCACAGACCAAUUUCUGCAACAUAACAAACUGAGAGAAUCUGAGUUAAGACAAUUAAGAAAGGCAAAUUCAGAUUACGAACAGCAGAAUGCAAUCUUACAUCGUCACGCAGAAGAGGUAAGCGGCGCUACAUCGAAACUCAGAGCUGAAACAGCUGCAGCAGCUGAAAGGACUGCUGCUUUGCUUGCUCAUAAACGUAGUCUGGUCGCAGCCUUAGUGCAAGGUCUUCAGACAUUAGCUUUACCAGGUGGACCAACUGGGGCUACUGAAGAUAAUAUUGAUGAAUACAUGGAAAAAUUACAGAAUCUCACUAACAUAAUAGAUAAUAAAAAUACAGCAAUAAUUAAACAGGCUCGAGAGAUUUUAAAUAAAAUAGAACUGCCAAAUACCUAGACAGUUGUAUUUUAGAAAAAUAAAAAAAUGUUACAGAUAUUUAAUAAAU